UUCCGCAUGUACCACAGUCAGCGCGCCAUGAAGGAUCUGUGGAGAAAAAAACAAAUAGCGAAAACGAGCUAGUGGAUCACUUGUGCGGGAAUCCCGUUGUUUUUGGUUUGUUUGUUUACUGUUCCUGUGCCACAAUGCCUUCAAUAAGAGCCUUCACGAUGACUUACGACGCGCUGAAUGAGUUUGGGACGUUUUCCGAGGGGGACACGAUAACUGGAAGUGUGACGCUGGCCUUAUUAAAGGAAACCAAAGUAGAAAGCUUGUUUAUCAAAGCUAAAGGGGACGCAGACGUGCGCUGGACGAGGAAAUCCAACGAUCGCACCCAUACGUACCACGCGCACAGGAGAUACUUCAAACUCAAGCAGUUUCUGAUCCCAGAGGGCUCCCAGGAAACCGUUCUGCCACAAGGCAACCAUGUCUAUAGAUUCAGCUUUAACAUACCAACAGGAAGCAUGCCAUCGUCCUUCAAGGGCUUUCAUGGAAAGAUUGUCUACAAGCUGGUAGCAAAGCUGUCCAGGAGCUGGAAGAUGGACAGCACAGCAGAAAAGGAGCUCAGCUUUGUCUCCAAGUCGAUUCCGAAUCUUCACAGUCUGAGGUUGCAACAAGUUGGUUCAACAAAGAAAGAGACUGGAGUUUUCUCCAGAGGAGAGGUACACAUGGAUGCCAGUGUUGACAAGACGGCUUAUGCUGCAGGUGAGACAAUGAUGAUUUUUGCAAAAAUCAACAACUCUACGUCCAGCGACAUGGUACCCAAAAUUAGUUUAGUCCGGGACGUCCAGUACCAUGCCAAUGGCAGCACCAAAUCCGACAGCCAAGUUGUCCAUAAAGUAGUCGAAAACUGUAUUAAAUCCCAGACGCAGAAGGAGAUUCGGUGUGGAAUAAAGAUUCCUAGUGAUUACCUGCUGACAAUCCAGAAUUGUGACAUUAUCAGAGUGGACUACCAUUUAAAGGUGUAUCUGGACAUCAGCUUUGCUUUCGAUCCGAAGAUCAAGUUCCCAGUAAUUAUCUUGCCCCCUGUCAUGGUUUCGAGCUUUCCGAGUGGUGUGGCUGUGGGUCCCUCUCCAGGUGGCGCUGUUGGAGGUCAGAGCAACAGCGACUUUCCUCCCCCUCAGGUAUCUAUGGGCCGUUAUCCUGCAUCUCCACAUUCAGGUGGUUAUGGAUAUCCAGCAGUCCCCAGUUAUUCAGCAGCACCACCCGCGUACCCAGCUCACCCACCGGCGUAUGCUGGUCCACCAUGUGUCUACCCAAGUCAGCCAACACACAUGUCUGGGGGCUACAAUCACCCAGUGCCACAGCAGCCUUCUGCGUAUGGGUCUCCAUUUUCAACCGCGUCGUCGUCUUCGGUGCUUCACCCUCCGCCCGCUGUCCCAUCAUUUCACUCCGCUCCAUCCGCCCCAGAGAUCGAGCCAGUACCUCCUGCUGCAUUGCCCACAGCUCCAACAUACAACCUGCUGCCUUCUGCGCCAGUGAUGAAUACAGAUUUCCUGUCUCAGUCAGAUGAAGCUCCUCCAGCAUAUGCCUUACUUUUCCCAUCUUCUACAAAUGAAACACCUGAUGGAAAAUAACUAAAUAAAUGCCUAAUGACUACAUCAGUUAAUUGUUAUAGAACCACACCACUAACUGUUCAAAAUGUUCACUAACUUAUCACCUAUAUUGUGUCUUUAACAAGUGUCAAUUUUAAAUGGUAGAGUGAUUGCGUGCAAUAUUUAUUGGUGGCACUUAGCUGGGUAUGAGAUAUACAAAAAUUAGACUUUCGUGCUGUGUGGGAUUUUGUUUUCUGGUCAGGUCAGUUGGCUUUGUCCAGCUGCUAAUGUAAUACUCAAACCUCAGUCAUCAGGAUGCACUGUGUUAAAAUGCCUUGCUCAAAGUGCCCUUUCUCACAGCAUUAAAUUCUAUGUAUUUACUCAUGCUACCUCACUCUGCUGUUGAGUGGCUGCCUAAAAAAAAAACAAAAAAAACUGGAAACAGUCUGUAAACAUCCAUCCGUUAUCUAAACACCACAUUGCCCUCUGUAAACGUGCAAAAAAAACCCAUCCUUUUAUUAUUUUUCUUUAUACUAAAGUGGUCACCUAACAGAUCAGAUUUACACAAUCCUCUAUACUUCCCAGUACGUCUAGUAUUGCGUGAGACAAAUGUCACUUUUGUUACAUUUUGCACCUGAAUUAUUAAUAUACUCUGAAACCCUCAGUACGUUGUCUCUUGUAGAUUUUAAUAAAAAGAUUUUUUGUGAA